GGCGCUAGAGACCGAUGAGCAGAUGAAGACUCGCCGGACCAACGAAGAGUGAGAGAAUCAACAUGGCGAUUGGACAAGCAGGAAAAAACACAAAUAUUCUUUCAUCCAUACUGCUGCAAAUCCUGCUGUAUCUGUCUGGAGCUUACAGUGUGUUUUACUUCCUGUCAACUCUCUCCAUGAUCAUCUACAAGAGUCAUGUGCUAAGUUACCCCGAUGGCCAACUCACUCUAGACGUCUGUCUGCUGUUUCUCAUGGCUGGAUUCGAGGUCAUGAGGGUGUACUGGGGGGUCAGGGGGAACCUACAGGAAAGCGAGAUCUACACGGGUUCCAAUCUGAUCGCCAUGGUGGCCACAGUGCUGUUGGCACUCUAUUUCGUAAUUUGGCAGUCGUACGUUCUGCGAGCCGAUGUCAUCAUCGGCGCCAUCUUGCUCUGCUUGUAUGGUCUUACAGGAAUCAUGGGUCUCGGGGCUUUUGCACGCUUCACCAGUUAGACCGUGUUUGUCUCCUCAUCACACCUCCACAGCAACUGCUGCAAUUUAAUGGCAGUAUAUACUACAUUUCCUACAAUGCACCACGGGAUAUGCUUUACUCAUGCUGUAAAGUCAUGAGGAGGUGCCGGAGAGUUGUUGCUAUGCAACAAAGUACUACUUCGUUAUCUGUAAACCCUUGAACUUUGAGUAUAUUGUUAUACAGUGUUUGGGCUUUUUAAAAUAAAUGAUCUUAUUUUAAGUGA